AUGUCGCGGGCAGAAACGGAACCCCUUCUCCCUCGCUAUGACGACGAAACGAGCCGUCAGCGUCGGCUGCAUCAGAAGAUCCAUACCUAUCAGAUGCUUCGUGCCUUUUCCGAGGGGUACAUGCCAUCGACCGAGCAAGCAGUCGCCAACCUCCGCUCUUUACUAGCGUUCGAUAUCUUCAACCCUCGUAAUCCCGAUAUAGGUUCGGUGGGCCGCCAGCUGGUCCGCGAUUGCCGCCUGUGGAUCCAGUUGUUGAUCGAGUUCCUACAGACUAAGAACAGCGAGGAUCAAUUGCAGGAAUUCAUCUGGCAUCUCUCCCACGGCAGGGCCACUAUCCACGCCAGGCAGCUCACGCAACGAGCAGCUGAUACGAAAGCCAAAGCAGACACUAAAGCAGCUUAUGAUAGCCUUCGGACUGUCGGAAACCUUCUGUUAACCAAUGCCGACUUCCGCCUGUUCGUUGAAGACUUGACCACCGUAGGUCGUGAAAUAUUCUCGGAUACAGCGUUCUCUCUGUCCAGAGCGUCACGAAAAGCCGGGAAGAAGCUCAAACCAAAGCAGGAGGACCAACAAGCUCUGUCUGGCGCCGGUGCGGAUGAGGGGCAUACCGUUUCAAAUGAGGAGCUACGCGAAGAAGUAACUCAUGUCGCAGACGUUGCUAAGAAUGGACUUGUCCAAACGGGCAAGGAGGCUAAAGAGUCUGUCGAGGAACACCUGACCGGAAAGGAGCAAGAGACUCUGCUAUACAGGCUGAAGCAGACAGUCCUCAAGCUCCGCGAGCGCAGAGACUACACGGACUCGGUUGCGAUCCUUGCACGGUUGUUGCAGAAGUAUGCCUCGGUCUACGUGAAUGCCGCCACGGACGCCGUCGCAACUGCCGAGGACGAGACUGAGAUUAACGAAGACCUCAAAAAGGCGAUACGUAAAUUUUGGGCACUGCUUCAGACGAUUGGUGAUUCCAAAGAAUGGCAAGCUUUGGAACAACGGCUUCACGACGUGCUCCAGCACGCCAGCGGGGAUCCUGAUUUUGAGAACUUGGUGUCAGAAAUAGGAUCCGCCAUGCAGGAAAUGAUGACAAACCCAGACUCUUUUGACUCGGCCCAGGAGAAAAUUGGAGAGCUUAAGGAGAAAUCCAAGCAAGUUGGCGCUGAGUCCAGUUUGCGAAAGGAUGUGGACGAAUUCCUUGCCCAGGCCAAACGAGCUCUGCACACCAUCUCCCAGGAUGAGUCAGUUUCCAAACUGACUAGCGCGUCUCGCAAGCUCUACAAGGAUGUUUCAGAGGGCUAUCAUAACCGGCGUGGAAAUCUGCCUGCGGAUAUGCUUGAGAUCUUUUUGCCUCUUGUUCUCCGCAACAUCCAAUAUAUUCCUAUUCCUCGCCUGGAGAUUUCUGCGCCAGAGGUCGACCUUUUGAUUGAGAACCUGAUUCUCGAACCCGGUCACACUGUGAACUACUCGUCGUUCCUUCCUUAUCGGAUGCAUGUUACCACCCGCAAUGACAUCGACGUCGUCAAGCGGCACUCGAAGAGGACUACAGCAAAUUUGAGGACAAUGUUCACCGUCUCACUUUCUGGGAUCAACGUGAGUGCGUCAGAAUUUGGCUUUUGGCUCCGUACCCAUAAAGCCCUCUUCUUCUAUCUCAAGGACCAAGGUAUUGCAAGCUUCUACCUCGACAAGCGGGGUAUCGAUAUCUCCCUAGACGUGGAAGUUGGUCGAGACCGCCUGGAGCAGAUCUUCACCUUGCGCGGAGUACGUGUGCGCAUCCACAAGCUCGACUACAAAGUGCACAGCGGUAGAUGGAGAUUUCUGAUCUGGCUCACCAAGCCCUUCCUCAAGCACAUGAUCCGCCGGGUGUUGGAGAAGCAAAUUGCCGAGUCAAUCGUCCAGGCGGCUCAUGCACUGAAUAGGGAACUUGUGUUUGCUCGGGAGCGUCUUCGAGCCGCACGCAUCGCUAGCCCUCAGGAUCUAUUCACUUUUGUCCGUGCGGUACUGGCCCGCUUGGCGCCAGCCCCUAACCCAGAUAUUGACGCCCGCGUGGGCAUCGACGCACCAGGCAGUGGAGUCUUCAAGAACGUCUAUGCUCCUGGGAGUCUUGUUAAAGUAUGGAAUGAUGAGGCACGACAGGCACAUGAUGCUGUGGAGGAGGGCGAGGAAACUCCAGGCUUGCACAGGACCUGGCGAAAUACCAUCUUUGAUGUUCCAGUAUGACGAUGUAUAUGCUAGCUGUUAUGCGUUAUGAUCCAUCCACCAAUGUUUUUUUUUCUUCGGAAGCUCUAUGAACUGCCACUAAUAAUCGACUAAUGUGAUCAAUUGCUUGUCACAGUCAAUAAAUUCUGGUUCAGUUGCUCUGU